AUGGUGUACACAAUCCCCGAAACCACAACAGAGCUCCAAGUGGGAAGCAAAAAGGAUUACACAUACAUAAUCAAUUGGAAACCAUGCCACGAAAGAGGAGGAGAGCUGGUAAUGGGGGAGGUCAAAUAUACCGAUGACCUGAUGUUGUCCACAAUCCUUUCCUUCCUGGGACCCUUUACAACCCAAUGCAUAUUUGGAGCACGAAAUGCGACUGUUCCCUCCGAAAUAAAAGACCGCCCUCAGGAAGAAAAGGAUCAGGGUGUCUUAGCCCUAGUGCUGACUUCAUUAAUGACAUUGGCGAAGCCAGUGACCCCCAUGAACUCAGCUGCCUACCAGAAACGGUGGUCCACAGCUCUUGUCACCCUUUCCAUACAAGAUUUGGUGGCCAUGGGCUCAUGGACUGGAGUAGUUAAGACAGCCACAAGGUUUCAAGGUAUCAUCGCGGUCAGGAGCGAUCUGCGGCAAGAGAUUGUAGACAGGGUCUUGACGAUGACAGAUGAAACCGGUAUUAAGGGGGCUAUAAUAGCUCAGUUAAGGAUGGUCUGGUCAUACGCCUCUCUCAAGGCAGCAGAGUUCAUGGAGAAAUUCAGCAAAACCCCUUGCCGUGCGCUUGAGAUACCUUCGGUGUUAGACCAGGCCCUCCUUCUGAAACAAAGAUGGGAAGCUGCAGAGAGAGAAGACCCAAAUUUCCCUUACAGUAGAGUAAGAAACCCAAAUGCACAUCCCGAGCUGAACCACGCACACUUUCCCGACCUCUAUUACGCGGCGAUAGCUUAUGCCAAAGCCAAUAAGUUAAUAGGGGAAAACUUUCACGUCUCCCAGCCUAACAAAGUACAGAAUGCACUCCUGAUCGAUAGGUACAUCACCAAGAUGGCGGUGGCCGCCAUGGGUGAAAUAACCGAAGAAACACGACAAAAGUUAAUGACACUAGAUAUCCAGUCGGACACAGGAGGUCGCACGACACCGACUCCGAAGAAGAGGAGGAGCGCACCCACAAGAAAAGACCCCGACGCCACUGAAAGAGGGCCUUGCGAAGGAUUAGAUUAUAAGCUUGUACUAUCUUUAAGAAAAAACUCAGGGCAGUUGCUGGACUGCUACUGGGCGCGUCCCCCGGGUGGCGGA